AUUAAUAAUUUGUAUAUCCAAUUUCACUUGUCUCUAUAUUUUUUUAAGUAGUUAAUCAAACUUUUUAUUAAUUCUACACGUCAAUAUAUAUAUACACACACACCCUAAAACAUAAGACCCGUUAUUACUUAUUAAACACAGAGGAUUGAGAAAGGGGGAAAUAAAACGUGAGAAUGAACUUGGGGCAGGUGCACAUGAAUGGAGGUGAUGGAGAAACAAGUUAUGCAAACAACUCAUUUUUCCAGGAAAAGGUAAUUUCUUUGACAAAGUCUAUAAGAGAGGAAGCCAUAACUAGCCUCUUCUCCGAGACACUUCCUAGAAGCAUUGCAAUUGCUGAUUUAGGUUGUUCUUGUGGGCCAAAUACUUUGUCUGUGCUAUUGGAAAUUAUCAUCUUUGUCGAGAAGUUUUGCCAAGAAUUGAAUUGCUCAUCUACCGAAUACAAGAUUUUUUUUAAUGAUCUUUCGGGGAAUGACUUCAACAGCGUGUUUAAGUCACUUGACAAUUUUAAAGUGAAACUACUUGAUGAAAUUAUCAAAACUGAAAUGGGUCCUUGCUACUUCUUUGGAGUUCCCGGUUCUUUUUAUGGUAGAAUCUUUCCUGGUCGAAGUCUAGAUUUCGUGCAUUCCUCAUAUAGUCUUCAUUGGCUAUCAAAGGUUCCCGAGGGUCUAGAUAACAAGGGACACAUUUACAUUAGUAACACAAGUCCCUCAAAUGUUGUCAAAGCAUACUACAAGCAAUUUCAAAAAGACUUAUCAAUUUUUCUCAAGUGUCGCGCAGAGGAGCUAGUUGAAGGGGGUCGAAUGGUACUAACGAUCAUGGGAAGAAGAAAUAACGAUCCAUGUGACACGGAAUAUUUAUGCGACGAUUGGGAGGUUUUGGCUACUGCUCUAAAUGAUAUGGUAUUACAGGGGUUUAUAAAGGAAGAUCAAGUAAAUAAUUUUAACAUUCCUCAUUAUUAUCCAUCUCCAUAUGAAGUUGAAUUGGAAGUUCUCAAUGAAGGAUCAUUUGUCAUCAAUCGCAUAGAGUUGUUUGAAACAGAUUUAAGUGCUUCUAGUGAUAAAAGUGAUUUUGAUAGUGAAUCUAAAAUGUCUCGAUUAUUUCUUUGUGACAAGAUUGGAUAUAAUUUCGCACGUUGCAUGAGAGCUUUUGUUGAACCUUUGCUAGUUAGCCACUUUGGUGAAGCUAUCAUUGAAGACAUUUUUAAUCGUUACUUGGAAAUUUUGAUUGAUCAAAAACCCAAGGAGAGAAAGAAUUAUGUUAAUGUUACCAUAUCAUUGACAAGAAAGGGAUAGUAUAAGCGGAUGUGGAAUGCCUACAAUAAAUGCAGCUACUCACGGUUAAUAAAAGAUGCAAAAUGAUAAUUAGUGUUGAGAAUAAUUUUUUAAUAUCUUUAUGAUUUAUGAUUUAUAUUUAUGUUUAGAAUAUUUAUUAUUUAGAUUAGUUUGUUAUUUAAAGAUAUUAUUUGGGAAAAAAUAAAAAUCUCAUAAGAGGAUUUGAUUUUUUUUUUUUUAUUUGAAUUUUCUACUAUCCAAUUUGGGCUCUGUCUACGGCACGCGAGUUAAAUUCAACGGCCAGAUUAAAUCAAGGAAGAUCUGUAGGUUGUUGUACUGUGGUAUUGAACUUAAACAACUAGUUGAUUAUAAUAAAAUUAUUAUUAAGUUGGCCGAAAUCAAAGUGGUACAAUCUGGAUUUUUAAUGUAUAUGAAGGGUGUUUUUUUUUUUUUUUUUUUUUUUUAUAACAUUAAUCUCCUCAAUCUUCUUCUAAA